GCAUGUAUACUACAGAUUGUGUGACACUUAUAAAAAGUUGUUAUAAAACUAUCGGUUAAUUCAUUUCAAUAAUUAUUUUUCUGCAAUCGUUUUCUAAUUAAUUAAUUUUUCAGAUCCAUUAGAGGCGAGCGAUGAGUCUAAUUAGCAAACGUGUGCUCUUUCGACAGUUGUUUGACAGAAUAUCGUGCACUUAUACCUAUCUGUUGGCCGAUAAGGUCACUAAAGAGGCCAUACUUAUUGAUCCGGUGCUCGAGUGUGUGGAUAGAGAUUUGCAAUUAGUUAAAGAGAUUGGUUUAAAUUUGAAAUACGUGGCCAACACUCACUGUCACGCCGAUCACGUCACCGGAUCCGGACUCAUAAAGACCAGACUCAACACCAAUCCAUCGCAACCCACUGUCAAGAGUAUUAUCUCCGAAAUAAGUGGAGCCAAAGCUGACAUCAAAGUGGAUGAGAAUGAUGUGAUCACUUGCGGCGAAUCCAUCAAAUUGAAAGUGUUAUCCACUCCUGGUCAUACAAAUGGUUGUGUCACUUAUGUGGACACCGAUAACGGUUUGGUAUUCACUGGCGAUGCGCUACUAAUCAGAGGGUGUGGUCGUACAGACUUUCAACAGGGCGAUUCGGGCUUAUUAUGGGAUUCAAUACAUCAAAAGAUUUUCACAUUACCCGACAAUUUCAAUGUAUUUCCCGCUCAUGACUAUAAAGGACAAUUACUGUCGACAAUAACCGAAGAAAAACGCUUUAAUCUGAGACUAACAAAAUCAAAGGAGGAGUUCAUUGAGAUAAUGGCUAAUCUAAACCUGGAUUUGCCUAAAAUGAUUGAUAUCGCUGUCCCUAAUAAUAUGGUUUGCGGUCUUCACUGA